AUGGAAUUCGGCACGACGGGCUGUCUCAGCGAAGAUGGCAUCCAUUUGGAUAUGGAUCGGUUGAAGAAGGGUGAGGUGAACCUGGGUACCUCGAUCAUGGCCGUAACAUUUAAAGACGGCGUCAUCCUGGGCGCCGACUCCCGCACGACAACCGGCGCAUACAUUGCGAACCGAGUCACCGAUAAGCUGACGCAGGUGCACGACACCAUCUGGUGCUGCCGAUCCGGUUCGGCAGCCGAUACUCAAGCCGUAGCAGACGUCGUCAAGUACCAGCUGGAGUUAUUCAGCAUGAUGAACGGGCGGCCGCCGACGACGCAGACGGCCGCGGCCAUCUUUCAGGAGAUUUGCUAUGCUAACAAGGACAUGCUUUCAGCCGGCCUAAUCAUCGCCGGCUGGGACCCCCGCCACGGCGGGCAAGUGUACAGCAUACCGCUAGGCGGUUCCCUGCACCGCCAGGCGUAUGCGAUUGGCGGCUCUGGCUCGACCUAUAUCUAUGGCUACUGCGACGCGCACUGGCGCGAGGGCAUGAGCGAGGAGGAGGCGGUGCAAUUUGUCAAGGGCGCGCUGCGCGAGGCGAUCAAGUGGGAUGGUAGCUCGGGCGGUGUCAUUCGCAUGGUGGUGUUAACGGAGAAGGGCGCGGAGAGGCAUUUGUAUUUGCCGGAUACGGAUUAUCAGGUUCGGCAUGCUUAG